CACAACACMGUUGGAGGCGGGGAAGAGCAACAACGCCACUCCACAGAAAUACGACACAACACGACACAAAGCACAACACACAACACAACACAAAGCACAACACAUCCCAUGGGCCGUCGCCUUCGCCGCCACCSCAUAUGGAGCGGGGGAUUGGUGGUGGUGGCGGUGGCUCUGGCGUUUGCCGUCAUUCRAAACGGGAGUUCCGAUGGCAGUMUCGAUGGCAACAGCAACCUCGAUAUCGGUUUCAAUGCCAGUCUCGGUAGCGGUGCUUCCGGRSCCGSKGCCGCURCCGCUACCACCGCAACGCCGUUUUCCCUCGCUGYUCCGCACCCCGAUCGAUCGGCCUUGCAUCGGGAACUCCACAUCCUGCCGGAAUCCACCGAGUGCACGCUCUUUCUCCGGCAGACCGAGCUCGUGGCUGCCACCGGGGACGAUCGCGAGGACGAGCACACKGACCGGACCUGGAUGUGCGAACUGGCCCUGCCGCGGCAGCCAGCGGGACGCGGGGGCGACCCGGAAGGGCCCGCKCCACCGCCACCAYCCACCCGCAGGGUUCUGGUCGGCCUCUCGGGCCUCGACGGGGCCUUUUUCGAACACCACGGCGCGGCAUCGGGAGAGAGCGUGCUGAGACUCGGAGGGGGUUGCUACCUCGCGGGUCAAGGUGCGGGUGCUGCCUGCGAUGGGGAUGCGGGCACCGGCGGACGAGAUACGGCCUGUGGGAAUGCGGACCCACGGGCGAUGCCCUCGGGCACGGCGAUCGUGGUUCCUCCCGGGGCCACUGCGGAGGUGGUGGACACCCGGGAGGGGGAGGGGGAGGCCCCCCACAACGUUUUUGUCCGGGGCCGSCCCCCCCGCUCCCGGCCCGGGGGAAAGGGCGUCCUCUCGACCCUGGUGGUCCGGAUCGUCGCGGCGGACGGGACCGGGCCCACCGCAAACGAGGAGGCCACCCGCAAAAAUGUCUUUACGGACCCGGUCUGCCUCCGGUCGCAGCUGGGGGCCUGCUCCAAGCAGCAGGCCCUCGUCGAGGCCUUUCACGGGGAGACGGAAACGGGGGUCUGGAUCGAGGAGGGUGUCACCACCCUCCAAAUCGACGGGGGGGCGGGCAGCAGCAWCUACAAUARCAGCAUCUACASMAACACCUACAGCGGCAUCGGCAUCGGCGACAACGGCCGCGCGGACAAGCACAACCACAGGCCGGUGCUGGGAAGAGCCGCCGAAACCGCCGAGGCCAGGCUCGGUCCGCUGGGGGAGCAGUUCGAUCUGGUCCUCUUUUGCAUCCCCYCCGGCACCGGAACCCACUGGAAGGCRGAGGCCACCAUCGGCCGCUUCGAUUCCUACUACAACGACGAGUGGUGCGGGUACAUCUCGGCACAGAUGCACGAAGUGGUAAGAAAACGACGAUGYAAUGCAGGGCGAGRCGAGRCGAGAAAGGGUACGAUCCGAUGAGAUCCGAUCCGAUGCUUCUCGAACCGCGGUUCUCUUGUACCAAAUGCCGCUAUAGCAAAUGCCGAUGCAAAAGACCGGUGCAAAGAGCUGACCAGGCAACCAAUCUCAUGUCCUUUCCUGUCCUUUCCUGUCCUUUCCUGUCCUUUCCUUCACUCUCCUCUUCUAUCCGUUCGUUUCCUUUUUUGCAAAACACCCACAGGGACACAACCUCGGCCUCGCCCAUUCCGGGCAGGCCGACGAGAACAACAUCCGGAACGAGUACCUCGACAAAUCGGGCAUGAUGGGCAUUUCCUACAAGGGCAAAAACAGUCCCAGGAUGUGCUACAACGCCGCAAAGAGCUACCAGCUCGAAUGGUACAAGCGGCAGAGACUCUCGAUCGACCCCACCGCCGAAGUCGAAACCAAAAACGACAACGWRCCAAACGGAGCAGAACAAACGAAGAAGCGGACGAGGACCUUUGUCAUGAACGGUGUGGCCGACUACAAGCGCAACGGCCCGACCCACAAGAGACUUGUUUCUCUGCGCCUUGUACAGUCCUCCGGAACAACAACAUCGAAACGAAAAUCAAAGCCUAGAACCGAUUACUACGUGGGCUACAACCGUGCCGUCGGACCCAACGCCGACACCAAGGAAGACGCCAACGCCAUUACCGUGCUCGAGGCACUCCGCGCCGGGGGGAGUGGGGCCCGRGCGAAAAAGUCCUGGAAGCUGGCCUCGCUUUCCUACAAGGGGCAGAGGUUCUUUCUCAGAGACUUUGGGCGGAGCUCGGCCUUUGUCGAGGUCCGGCUCUUGUCGGGAAACCUUUCGUCCGGCCCGAGGGACGCGGAGAUUGCCAUUACCAGCUACCACAAGGCGGCCACGGGCAGCGAAUGCGGUGUGGGUGGCACGGCCACCGACCACAAAGGCAGGACCAACCGCAAGGGCAACACGGGUUUUUUUGAGCUGGAGGGGAAAACCGACGAGUACGGCUACGAAACCUGGUGGCAGCUGAGGCUCGACGACGGCACCGAUGGCAAUGGCAGCGAYAGUGGCAGCGACAGUGAGAGUGACGAUGAAGGCUACUACGUCGAUUUCGGAUCCGGAUACGGUCCGAGCGAAUCUUUUGGGGCCACACACCUGCUCUGCCCCGGAGAGUGCUACGUCUUUUCGAUCCACGACCUCUAUGGRGACGGCAUCUCCGAAGACUCGGGCGGCUACUACCGGUUGUCUCUGGCCGGGGUCGAUCUCUUUUCGUCGGGUUCGAGCAGCAACAACACCAACACCAACAACUUUGGUUUCUCGGAGUCCUACCGGUUCUGUGUGCCACCGCUGGCGAUCCCCGACGCGGUGUGCAAGGACCGCGGGCGGCUCCGGUACAAGAACGAUCGGACCAAAAACUGCGGCUGGGUCGGRGAGCGGGGACCGAAGAAGACGAGGAAGCGGUGCAAAAAGAGAUGGAAGGGAAGGACCCUGGCGGAGUGGUGCCCCCGCACGUGCGGGGCCUGCUCCGUUCCGGAGACGGAAGCGGCCGCUAGAGGCACGUUGGGCAAGUAGUGCGGAUCGAACCGAACCAAACCAUACCAAACCGAAUCGCUCCGACACACACACACACAAAAGAUCGGCAUCGAUUGCGCCGCAACCGCCAAACAACAAACCUGCCUCGCACAGUAGGUAUACUAGGAAUAAACUUGACAAAAAUGCUCCAGCAGGAGAAUAGAUGRUAGAAAACACA